UGUCUCCUUUCACACGGAGAAAGAGCUGAGUUAUAGCGGGAACAAGGUGCCCAUAGCCGGCCAGUAUUUCAGAAGCCAAACAAGCUGGGAGACCGGUGUGGCCUCGAUGAUGCAAAACAGUCACAGUGGCGUAAACCAGCUUGGAGGUGUGUUUGUGAACGGGAGACCUUUACCUGAUUCUACCAGACAGAAGAUAGUUGAGCUGGCACACAGUGGAGCUCGACCCUGCGACAUAUCCAGAAUACUACAGGUGUCUAACGGUUGUGUCAGUAAGAUCCUGGGCAGAUAUUACGAAACUGGUUCAAUCCGUCCUCGAGCCAUAGGGGGGAGUAAACCCCGGGUGGCCACUCCAGAGGUGGUGGGCAAGAUCGCUCAGUACAAGAGGGAGUGUCCAUCGAUUUUCGCCUGGGAGAUCAGAGAUAGACUGCUUGCAGAGGGAGUCUGCACCAACGACAAUAUACCCAGUGUUUCAUCAAUAAAUCGAGUGCUCAGAAACCUGGCCAGUGAUAAGCAGCAAAUGGGCACAGUUGGAGCAGAAGGGAUGUUUGACAAACUAAAGAUGCUCAACGGACAAACCACCUGGGGAGGACGCUCAGGGUGGUACACCGGGACUACGAUCACUGCCAAUGAGUGUCCACAGGCAGACGGAGGGGAGAACACCAUCUCAGUGAGCUCUAAUGGAGAAGACUCAGAGGAGACUCAGAUGAGGCUUCAGCUGAAGAGGAAACUGCAGAGAAACAGGACAUCAUUCACUCAGGAGCAGAUAGAAGCUCUGGAGAAAGAAUUUGAAAGAACUCACUACCCAGAUGUUUUUGCCCGAGAACGCCUUGCCAACAAAAUAGACCUCCCCGAGGCUAGAAUACAGGUUUGGUUUUCUAACAGACGAGCAAAGUGGAGGAGAGAGGAGAAGCUGAGAAACCAGCGUCGCCAAGUGUCCAACACCUCCAACCAUAUCCCAAUCAGCAGCAGCUUCAACUCCAGUGUUUACCAGCCUCUACCCCAACCGACCACACCAGUGUCCUUUUCAUCAGGAUCCAUGUUGGGAAGGUCAGAUCCAGUUCUGUCCAACAGCUAUGGCCUUCCAGCCAUGCCCAACUUCAGUAUGGCUGCCAGUCUGCCUAUGCAAGCAUCCAGUCAGACUUCAUAUUCCUGCAUGUUGCCAACCAGCCCCACCGUAAAUGGAAGAAGUUAUGAGACGUACACUCCUCCACACAUGCAGCCUCACCUCAACAGCCAGUCAAUGGGCUCCUCUGCAACUUCAACAGGUCUGAUUUCUCCUGGCGUCUCAGUUCCAGUCCAGGUUCCAGGGAGUGAAGCGGACAUGUCACAGUACUGGCCCCGCCUGCAGUGAUCAGCAGCAGUGAAGACUUAAAAAUAACUCUACGGGGACAUGAAAGCAUAACCCAGCUGUUACCGACUUUGUCGCUUGAAUGUCAAAAAUGACCUUUGAUUAACUGAAAGAGAUUAAAAAUGAAUUGAAGCAGUGACUCUCACCGGUGAUUUUGAGGCAACGUUGAAACCAAAUUCUGGACACAAGCAGGAAGUAGGAGCGUGUCUACUCUUACAAUUAAAGGAUAUUCAUAUUCACCAGUAAUGGUCCAACUACAUCAGAUCUAGGACAUUUCUCUCAUCACAUCACUGGCAAACGCUGCAGUUCAGUCUGUGGUCUGUCAUCUGUCUUGUGAGAACACUCUCCAUCUGGCCAAGAAUGAAAAACUCCUGUCUGAGAUGUUCUCAGGAAGCUCAGGAACAUGGACCAUCUUAAUGGAAAAUGUACUGCUCGGUAUAUUUUUGGACAUUCAGAGGGAAAACAAAGUAUCGCCGCCUUCAGUUUCUUAUUUAUAAAAUGUUGUAUCUGUGGCAAAAAACAAAGAAGUUGACUGAGAUGUAAAGGGAAGAACUCGAUAAAACUUGAAAUGAACUGUCUGCUGUGAAUUUGUGCAACAGCCGAUUAAAAAAGGCCGGCCAGGAAUGUGUAUAGAAUUUCAGAAUGUGGAUUCUGGUAAAUUGUGUUUGGUAUUGUACAAAUCUUGACCAGGAUGUGAUCUGUUCACGAGCAUGGACUCUUUUUUAUGACCUCAAAUGACUAUCAAGGGAGUUGGAGGAUUCAAUAGCACAACACUGGUUGAAAGACAAGAAGAGAACAAACACUGAUGGCUAAUGUUGUGUGUGGAAUGUAAAUCUGUUUCAAUUUGUAAAGUGUAAAGUGUUUGUCC